AUGUACUUUCCCAUGCCCGGUGGAAGUAGUCUUCUUUGUGAUAAGCAGACACACACACACAUCUAUCUAUCUAUCUAUCUAUCUAUCCACAAGUUACAUCCUGCUGCUGCUGCUGCUGCCGUGGCCACAACCAUCCAUCCAUCCAUCCAUCCAACACUGCUCCUGCGGCCUGCUCUUUCCAUCUUUUCUUUCUUUUCCGUCAUCAUCGUCGUCGUCGUCGUCAUCAUCGCCGUCUUCUUACUCUCCACCGAUGUGCUUCUGAAUAGAAGGAGUACACUUUCCAUGGAUUUACUUUUACUGGUGGUAGCUGCGAUGUUGAUUUCUGUUCUUGGUGCUUCCACAUCACACGAUGACGCGGCUAUGUGGAGAAACAUCUCAAGUCUGUUGGCUGAAUUGUAUUGUGUAAUACAACACAGUGAACAAACAAUGGACUCAACACCUGACAAAUUCCACCUUAUGAAGCUAUCUAUCUAUCUAUCUAUCUAUCUAUCUAUCUAUCUAUCUAUCUAUCUAUCUAUCUAUCUAUCUAUCUACCUACCUACUUAG